AUGGAUGUGACUUCUGCUUCGUCUUCCUUGUCUGGUACAACGGAGAGGAGGGGGAUCCCCGCCGCCGCCUUCGUGGAAGAUGUUCAGACCUAUCUCGCGCAGUCUGGCCUCGAUGUGAGCACAGCCCUCACCUUCCUCCAGGAAAGGUACGGCGGGUUCGUUUGAUCAUGUGAUUUCCCUAGUCUCCUGCGUGAUCUUAUCGGCCUGAGUGUCCGCCGGUCCUGGACUCCGGAGGAGUCUUUGGCUUCCGAACUUAGCACGAGGGUUUGUAGGCGGGCUAAUUUUUGUGUAAAAUGUCAUCUUUAUGUCCGUUCUCUAGCCUGAUGGGAUCGAAGAGAAGAUAGGUCUUCCUGGCGGGCACCUUUCCAGAUCUAUCCAGUAGAGUAAGCUCGCCGGUUCUGCUGUGAGUUUAAGGGUUUAGGCGCUGGGGGCUCUUCGAGGGACCACUGACCGUUGGAAGAGGAAUAGAAGAAAAUAGAAAUGGGUGGUUUCUGGGAAAGAAGAUAAAACUCCGGCUUUGGAACUCUGGUCUCCUAUUCCAUCUCUCCAGUUGCAUCUCAUAGAUUGGUGUUCGAAAACGUUUUCCUGGUGGGUUAAGUCCCCGUUGAGAAAGUUCUUAGAAUUUUAACCGUUUUAAUGAAAACGGUGGUUCACCCUUGUUGGUGGAUAAUCGACUGACUUGUAACACUUGAUCCGAUCAUAAUACUUAUUCUCUCUUAUAAUCAUGCUCUUCUGUGUUGUGUUUUUAACUAUUCAUUUUUAGUGUUCUUAUACCAAGUACUAUUGCUUUCAUCAACCAGGUGCAUAUACCGCCACAUAAGUCGAUGAUAGAAUGCGAUAGAAAGGUUAGAUAAAAAAUGAUUUGGUAAUGAAAGUGCUUCACACACGCGAGUGAAUCUGGAAAAGGGCUCUGUUAAUCGUCAGAAGUAGUAACCUGAAUGCACUGAAAAAAAAUUAAGCACAACCUUGGGACACGAAGCAAUUACUAACAUCGUCUCUGGAUCUGUCACCUGUACUUGUUAAGAGUUACAAUUAUACCACUUUGAUUUAUUCAACCCUCUUUGAGGCUGGAUGCUUCUAUGCAUUUUAUCGUUUUCACGGAUGAAAUAUUCUUUUUGGGUGGCUCUGUGAAGCAUGUUUGUAAUGUCAUACUAGUUCUACCUCUCUAGCAAUGGACAGUUGAAGACUGUGCUGGGAUUGGUGAUGCAUGAGAUGCUCAUACUGCUAUCAUUGUACCUGAACCACUCCAAAGAGAAGAUGUUCUUAAUCAUCUCCAUGGUCUUACCGCAUUCAAGCCCAACAAUAGCCACGCAGUCACGUCUGUUUAUGUGGAAUGUUAUCUCCCCCUUGCCUACCCUGCUAGGUGCUCAGUAAAAUGGUUAUCACCAAGUGCUCAUAGCAGUUCAUUGGAUCUGGUUCCAAUCUGGAUUGUACCUGGUCGGUUGAUUAUGCAUCCAUUCUGAUUCGAAAGACCAUGCACUUCUUCUGAUCUUCUAGGAAAGAAACGAAAACGGCAUUUUCUCAGAACUCUUGAUAUGGCAGCAGUGCACUGAUGUACUGUGUGAGCAUUGAGACACCAUUGUUCGUUUAGGCCUGCAGCUUUACCAGUUGGUAUAUUUGCAUAAAAUGACUAUUUAUUUAAAGCGCUGUGAAAGAAUCUAAAAUGUCUUUAUAUUUCUUUGUGGACUCCUUCAUGCUUUUUUAAUGCCCCGUCACAAUUUUGUGCUUCUUUAGGCAUCAUCCUCUCUUAUGAAGGUGGAGACAAUGUAUCAAAUGCUCUGUAGGGCUAAAUACAAAUGAUCCUCUAAUAAUCAUGCAUCUCUGAAUAGUAGAUUAUAUGCAGAUAUCGAAAGGUCACGGGGGGAACCCCUAACCGGUGAGGAAAAAGGUAAAAGAGCAUAAAACGAUACAGAGGCGAAUUGGUAGCUCUUUUAUUAUAAAAUAAAAGAAACCCUAACUUGAGAGCAUGCAUAUUUUAUAAUCCUUCCAAACUACCAACAAUAUCCUCAUAUACAACAGUUCAUCACCAACAGUUUGGCCAAUUCAAAAAAAUUACCUAUAAAAUGCUACUUUUAGACUGUUCUAAGCAUCAAACAGAUGUUACUGACAGUCAUAGAUUCCGAUUUAUCUAAUUUACAAGAGAUUGGGUUACACAGUACUCUAUGUCAGGUUUUAUAAAUGUAACAUGCUGAUUCAGUUAACUAGUCUUAUGCCUCGCGUAUAUAGAAUAAAUCCAUUUCGUCCAUACUAGAGUUUGGAACUAUGGAACUCAUUGUGCACAUUUUAUAAGGUAGUUUUAUUUUGAAAAUAUUGGCAAAUUAAUCUCGAAUAUUAGGAGUACAACCACGUCUUUGUCUGAAUGUACUAUUUUGUUAUGUUUUUCUGAUUUUCCAGGUUACAACAAUAUAGGGUGGUUGAGAUGAAACUCUUGGCGCAGCAGAGGGAUAUUCAGGUUAGUUUCGUUUUUGUCAUCUUCCAACUACAACAUGCUAAGCUCCUAGUACAUGUAUGCUCCUGUCCAAGAACUGAUUGUCCUUGUUAGAAAGGAUUGUCUCAACCCAUCAUCUAAACUUUCCUUCUGUUGUUCAUGGCUGAUCCGAUUCUGUCUGUGAGGAAUGGGUUGUUUGUAUUGAUAACUGAGAGCUUAUUUAUCUGCAUUGAAAUGAUGAUUAUCAUCAGAAUGGCACCAGUGCUUUUGAAUUACACUUCUGUAUGUGAUUGGGACACAGGCUGUCAAACUGGAAUACUCGUAUAUAUUUCACUUCAUGUCAAGAUUAUUUUUAUUUAGGCGUUACUUUACUUUCUUUCUUCUAUUUUCCAGGCAAAGAUUCCUGAAAUUGAAAAGUGUAUAGAUAUUGUCUCAACAUUGCAAGUUAAGAAGGGUACUGGUGAGGUUCGUUUGCCAUAUCUUAACGAUUGUGGGCAGAUUCCGUCCUUUGUCUUCUUUGUAUAUGCUUUUGGUUCACUUUUUGCAUUAGCAUUUAGUGUGUAUUGGGGCAGAUACUUUUCCGUUUUACUAUUUAUCUGAUGUUUUGGUAAGCGAUUCUUUAUUCUUUUUAUAAAGAAGCCUGUAAGUAUUUUCCAUAGUCAAAGUUGUCCUGCUUUGUUGUUAAUCAUUUCUAUAAAUUUAAGAUUUUAUAGUUUGAUAACGUUUACCAGUAUGAAGCCUCCCAGUGGGGCAAUUGGUCAAGAUAAAGCUGUAAUGGUGAAGAUUAGGUUACACUUGUCCUUUCUUUGGCGUCUGGAAGGAAAAUUUCCAUAAACUGCUAGUAAAUUUUCACAUGAUCCACGUGACUAUCCUGAAGCUAACACAUUGUUUUCUUCAUUCCUCAAAGUGGAGUUUUGAUCAUGUACACGGGCCAUUUGGAUCGUAUCAUAAAUUUACAAGUCACAUCAUCACAUCACUUUUUUGGUCAUGCUUUUAGUGGCAUUUCCUUAGUUGGCCUUCGUGAGAUUGUUUGGUAAGUAGUUGCAAGCAAGUUUUUCUUGAUUAAUUAUAUUAUUCUACGAAUGGAUUCCCCUAUAUAGUGAUGGAUUAUGUACACUCCACUUUAUCAAUAAAGGAGAUGAGAAAGAAAAGCAAAUGUUUGAAGGGGUCUUAACCAGUUAUCAAUUUAGUUCAUCUGAUGACUUUUGAGCCUCAUAGUAUCAAGUUCCAUGACAUGAGCUGCAUUAUUUAGCUAUAUACACCAUCUGUUCUUUUAGUAUGAUGGUCAGUUUUUGCCUUACCCUGAAUAUCAGACUGGAAUUUAAAUUUUUCAUGAAACUUUGUUGUGUGACAGACUUGUACUUAGAGAUUAACCAGUGUUUGAGAAGUAUUGUAAAGUCGUAGCACAUUUUUAAUUUUGAAAUAGGAAACCUAGAUUAUGGAGACCUUCUAUCUAAAUCAUUAGAUGACGCUUCGAGACAUCCCAGGUUUUAUCUAAUUUUUAGUUGAAUAGUAUUAUCGUUCGUCCAGUAGGAGGAAGAUGUUGAACACGCAUCUGAUCUGCUCGUAGAGUAGCCCACUGUUGUGCUUCAUGCCCAACUCCCCUCAAGCUCUGUCUUAUAGUAUCUAUCUAGUGAGAGUUCAUGAGGAUGGUGCUUCAUGACAAUUUGUACUGGCUUACUUACAUUGACAGUGUUUGAGCUGCUUUUUCUGCUGAAAGAAAAGCCUGCAUCUCAUAUUCCUUCAUUUCCAGUGUCUCUGUUAUUCUAUUAAAGUUUUUUUAGGUGUAAAGCGUGCUUAGAAUUUUUGAUUCGUUGUCAAGUAUCACAUAGAUUCCCACUUUGUUCACUCUUCAUUUGUAGCAGGCUACAUGUGUCUAGAGAUAUCCAUAUAUAGAUCAUCUUACAUAGGAAGGGUUGGAGAUGACUCAGUUAUUGAUGAUGACACAUUAGUUUGAACUUGAUGUGAGUGACGUAACUCUAUCAACUUAGGACAGCACUAGUUAUCUCGAGAUUGAUACUGGUGAGUGAGGACGGUGUAUGCUGUAUUAUAGAGUGCUUUGUAUGUUAGGAAGUGUUGAUCCUUUCGAUCUAAAUGUUUGUGUUUGAUGGAUGAAACAUUAUUUGUGUAUUGUAAUCGUUUUUCUAAUUUUAUUAAUGUCUAAGAUUUGGCUUCAUAUCAUCAUAGUUCUCCCUAUCAAAGCUAACAUGGCCUUUAAAAAGGCGAAUAAAAAACGUGAAAACUGUGCAUUAUUCAUGUGCAUACUGCUUUAGAAACCUUUAAAACAUGUGUUUCGUGAAUGAAAUAUUAUUUGUUGAUUUUGUUUGUCUUUGUUUAACUUAUUUGUCAUAAUUAGCAUGCUAUUUUUCGUAGUUCCUCUUCUAUUUUUCUUGAUAUCUCAGACUCCGCUUCAUAUCAUCAUAGCUUUUCCUAAGAGAGAGGUUCUGGCCUUCAGAAAGACCCAUAAAAACCGUGGGAAUUGAGUAUUAAAACAAGUGUGAGGCGCCUUAAAAAACCACUAAGAAUCGACAUAGGCCUGUAAAUCGUGAGGUAUUUUCAGAGAUACCUUCCUGAAUAUAUUUCCUUUCCUUAAUAUAUAUUCUUCCUAUUACUUAGGUCUGUAAGAGAUUUUUUAGGAAGUUCUGUUUUUCUGUUACUAUGUUUUCGCUUUCCUUUUUUUUGGUAACCCCUUUCUGGGUAUAUGCAAUUUUUGGCCUCAUAAAGAUAGUAGGAGAGAAGCUUUAUUGUACUGUAGAGGUUGAAUUUAGUUGGAGUCGUGAAGAAGUUUUUUCAUCAUCGCAUUAGAGCAACGGUGGUUACUUGAACACUGGUAUUUGUUAUCUUAAUCUUUUUAAUUACCCAUUUUGUUCCAUAAACCUUUCCAGUGAGGGUUUUAUUCUCUUUAGUAAUAAAUUGACCAGAAUAUACAAUAACUUGAUGUGAAGAAUGCUUUUCUUCCUGGUGAUUAGAAGAACUGCUCAUAGAGAUUCCACCUUCUACUGAUGAAAAAAUCGGAUCAGAUAUUGUGUGUCCACUAGAGAAAGCACUUUAUGGGCUGAAGAAAUUACUUCAAACAUGGUUUGGGAGAUUUAAUAAGAUUAUGUUGCAUAUGGGGGACAAGCAAAGUCAAGGGAGGGAAUCAUAUGCUUUUUAUCAAACAUGUUGAGGUAGUGUGUCCUCUCCAGACGUUUUCUUGGUGAUUUAAUUAUUACUAGAAAUGUUGAAGUCGAACAGAAAAUUUUCGUUGAUCACUUAAGUCCAUGAAUUUAAAAUUAAACAAUUGGAAAAAUUAAAAUAUUUCCUUGGGAUCAAAGUUGCCUACUUCAAAUAAGAAGUCUCACUGUAUUGUGAUAACAAAUGUACUCUCAACAUUGCACAUAAUUCAGUCCAAAAUGGUCGACCUAGGCAUAUAGAGAACGACAGACAAGAAAAGAAAAGCUUGAAGAGGGCAAGUUAGCUCCUCUUUAGUGCCGUCAUGUGAACGACUAGCAGAUUCCCAGACAAAGGGACAAUCUGCUUCAUGAUUUCAGGAGCUAACAAGUGGGAAUGAAAGAUAUCCAUUUGUCAACUUAAGGAGGAGAUGCAUAUCCUGAAAUAUUUUCAGAGAUACAUUCCUAAAUAUAUCUUAUCUCCUUAGUAUAUAUAUAUUCUUCCUACUACUGUGGGCUGUUAGAAUUUUUUUAGGAAGUACUGUUUUUCUGUUUCUAUGUUUUCUCUCUCCUUCGUUUGUAAGCCCUUUCUCUUUCUGGGCUUAAUUUUUUGGCCUUGUAAAAAUAGGAGAGAAACUCUCCCAGCCCUAUAUGUAAUUUAAAGGUUGUAGUCAGUUUUAGUAGUGAAGAAUAAGUUCUUUCAUUCUACCUAAAUUGAGUUCUGAAAGAGGAUCCGAAGAGUAUAAGGGUGCCUAUUGUGAUUGCGGGGUUUCGAGAAAAAUUCCAUCUGACCCACUUGACUUUUGUGUUUAUUCAGCCAAAACGCAAGUCCAAUCCAGCAAACAUUGACGAACUUUACAAAUUAAUUUGGACGAUGAUGAAAUCAGAAUGGUUAAAUUUACUUCAGUUGAUUUGUGUGUCAGUUUCAUAUCAAUGUUCUCAGAUUUUACAACGCCAAGCGUCCUAUAGAUGAAGCUGAUAUGACAGGGGUUGACACUUGGAAGAUGUGGAAAAAGGUAUGAGUACAAUGAGCGAUUAUAUACCCAGAAAUAUUAUCUUGAUUGAAAGGUUGACCCUAUAAUUGAUGAAUACCGACCGAAUAUUGGAGCCUUGGCCUCUAAGAUUGAAAUAAGAUUGGAGUUGGCCUAGGGGUUGACUGAAAGUGUCUACUAACUGUAGUUGUCGGUCACCCCACUGAUUACCAUGAAUGAAUUCAAUAAGAUCGGAGUUGGCCUAGGGGUUGACUGAAGGUGUCUACUAACUGUAGCUGUUGGUCACCCCACCGAUUACCAUUAAUGAAUUCAAUAAGAUUGGAGUUGGCCUAGGGGUUGACUGAAAGUGUCUACGAACUGUUAUCGGUCACUAACCACUUACCAUGAAUGAAUUCAAUAAUGGCGGUAAAACUCGAUGAAAUCCAUGCCUACUUUCUCUGAUAAAGCUUCUAAUGCACUUGAAUGCAUUCAUGUAACCUUGGUAGACAGUUAUAAGCUGUUAGUUUUGUUUUCUCUGUUCUUUUGAUGUAUAAGACCAAGGUAACUAUUGAAUGACACUUUGGCUUGUACUCAGAAGGUUUGGUUAGCCCCCUCAACAAAGCCAACCUUGAUUGAAUGCCACUAUGGUUGCUAAAUUAAUCAGCUUUUUGACCUUGAACCCAAGAUGCAGAUUUUUUGCCUCAUAAAAUAUUAUUUGUCUCCAUUAAACUAAACAGUUCUUCUCAAUGAUCUGUAGAAUCACCUCUCUGAUGUUCUGGUGCAGGCUUUGGUUGCUGACUUUGAAGUCUCAGAAGGCAUACACUCACAGGCUCGGAUUCAGGACACGGACUCAGUUUGUCUCUGGUUGGGAGCAAAUGUCAUGCUAGAGUACUCUUGUGAAGAAGUCGGUCAUCGUCAUCCUUUUCACCACCCAGUCAUCCUUAUUUGGGUAAUUAAUUAGCUGAGUCAGGAACAUUAACGGGGGUGCUGGUUCUUGGUGUUACUCGCUUGAACUCAGGCCACAGAGCUGCUGCAGAAGAAUCUUGAAAAUGCAAGAGCCAGCUUGGGGGUUCUCGUCACCGAUCUCCAGUUCUUGAGGGACCAGGAGACUAUAACUCAGGUAAUCCGCACUCUGCCUCCCUCUUUAUGUGAAUGAAGUGCCAUUCCAUUGAUUCGAGCUUUGAAAGAAUCGCCAGAACAUUCGUUUUUGUUUUAAUCAGUGGGAAAUCUUGUUGGAGGACCAGUCCAGCUGCUAGAAAUAUAUAUUACUUCUGCUCGGAAGUUACUGUCAGUUGGAAGGUAUUUAUUGAUCAAUUCAUGGAGAAAGUUGCUGAAAGAUGAGAGGAGGAAGAAUGUGACCCACCUGAAAUGGUAGUCUGGAUGGGCAAAGUGCUCUCCCCCAAUCAACGAUCCUUUAUAAGUCUCUAUGGUUUCUUUCUUCUCUCUCUACUGUUUCGAUCAUGCGGGACGGUUCUGCCCGCCAAAAGAAAAAGGGGUUCUGAGCAUCUGGGUGCGGAGAUUUUGCGCGUUAGGCAACUGGGAUCUCUCUUAUCUUGCUCAUCUAUUCAUAUCAUGCGAUGUUCUUGGAUUCAUUCUCCAUUAAUUGACAGAAGAGUAAACCUUGGGGAAAAAAAAAAAAAAACAGGUGACGAUUGCCCGCGUGUACAACUGGGACGUGCACCAGCGCAGAAUGAAGCAAGCCGUCAAGGACACCUGA